AUGGCGGAAAAGUCGAAGGAUGAUCCUGUUGCGGAGACACCAGAGGAGGAGGAGGAAGAGUUUACCGUUGAGAAAGUCGUCGACUCAAGAAUGCGAGGUGGCAAAAAAGAAUAUUUACUCAAAUGGAAAGGAUAUCCCGACUCCGAAAACACGUGGGAACCAGAGGAAAACCUGGACUGUCCAGACCUAAUUUCAGCUUACGAGGACAAGAAAAAGAAAAAAGAAUCAGAAAAAAGUGAAAAGAGUUUAAAAAGAAAACCAACUACACCUUCAAACGGAGCAAAAGAUGACGUGAAAAGGAAGAAAAAAGAAGAGUCUGACAACAAGCCACGUGGAUUUGACAGAGGUUUGGCGCCAGAGAGGAUUAUUGGAGCAACCGACAGCAGCGGGGAGUUGAUGUUUCUCAUGAAGUGGAAAGACAGUGACGAGGCCGACUUAGUGCCUGCAAGACAAGCAAACGUAAAGUGUCCCCAAAUUGUCAUAGCUUUCUACGAGGAGCGGCUUACCUGGCACACACACAAUGAUAAUGACGACGAUGACAAGAAGGGGGAUUGA